CAGAGCGGCGCCGUAGAUAUGACAUUGGUGGGCUAGACGCCAUCAAAGAAGGUGGAGGUGGAGGCGGAUUUGGUGGCGACCUGUUUUCUCAUAUAUUUGGUGACGAUGACGACUCACCUUUCAGCGGGUUCUUCGGGAUGGGUGGUGGUGGACGACGACGAACUCGGCGGAAGUUCCAGGAUACUGUGUAUCCCUUGAAUGUCACAUUGGAAGAAGUCUAUAUGGGUAAAACAUCGAAGCUUCGAUUAUCAAAGAAGGCGCUGUGCACGAAAUGCAAAGGAACUGGUGGAAAAACUGGGCAAUCUUACGAAUGUCACUCUUGUCGUGGUCGAGGAGUGAAGAAUCUUGUACAGCAAAUUGGUCCAGGAAUGGUUCAGCAAAUGCAAGUCAGAUGUAACGACUGUGGAGGGGAAGGUUCACGGAUUCCCGAAUCAGACAAAUGUAGCAACUGCAGGGGUGAAAAGAGCGAGGAAGUCAAGAAAAUUUUGGAGGUUCACGUCGAGCCUGGAAUGCGCCAUAACGACAAAAUCACAUUCCCAGGCGAGGGAGAUCAAUCCGAUCCACAGACAUUGAGCCUGGUGACGUGGUCAUUGUCAUACAAAACUAUAUCGUUAAACGAGGCUUUGUGUGGAUAUGAAAUUCCUUUGAAACACCUAGACGGACGUACUCUUAUUCUCAAGAACAAACCGGGCGAUAUAAUCACACCAGAUUGCGUGCGUGGCAUCGUAGGAGAAGGCAUGCCACAAAGGCGUCAUCAUGACAUCCGCGGAAAUCUCUAUGUAAAGUUUGACGUCACAUUUCCUAACGAUCAUUUUCUCGAAGAUGAGACGAAAUACAAGAUUAUUGAGUCUGCAUUCCCUCCAGUCCGAAAAAUCGCACAUCCUCCAAAUUGCGAAGAGGUUAGUGUAGAUCAAAGUGAU